GCAGGCGCCGUGGGGGUGGGCAGAGGGUCCGGAGCGGGACCCGCGCGGCGGCCGCUCCCGGCGUCGUUGGCAGCGGGGCCCCGGCGCGGCCAGGGGGAUGCGCCUCCGCCCGGCCCGGACGAGGGGACGCGGGUGGAGCGACGCUGCGCGCCAGGCCGGGCCCCCGGCUCCCCGCUGCUGCUCGUCCCGCAGCCCCGCGGCCGCAGAGCUCGGGGAGCGCCGCUGACCCGAGUCGCUCGCUCGGGCCCGGCUGGCCCCGCGGCGAGGGAGGGAAGGAGGAGGGUGAGAAGGGCGCGCGCAGGUAGCGGGGCGACCGCGCCCCGGCCCGAGCCCCCGUGGGGGCGGGGGCCGUCGGGGCGGCCCGGCCUCCCCCCCUGCCCUCCCUUCCCCCGGCGCCCCCGGGGAGGAUGGUGAUGGUGCAGCCGCCCGCAGCCCCCGAGCCGGGCCGGGGCCGCCCUCCCCAGGGGCUGAGGGGAUGAGCCGUGCCCCGCCGGGGGGUCCCUAGCGGAAGGAUGACCACUCCCGCCCUGCUGCCGCUCUCCGGGCGGAGGCUGCCUCCGCUGAACCUGGGGGCCUCCGCCUUCCCGCACCACAGGGCUACCUUGAGACUCUCCGAAAAAUUUAUCCUGCUCCUUAUUCUUAGUGCCUUCAUCACCCUGUGCUUCGGGGCGUUCUUCUUCCUCCCCGACUCCUCGAAGCACAAGCGCUUUGACCUGGGCUUGGAGGAUGUGCUCAUUCCCCACGUGGACACCAGCAAAGGCGGCAAGAACCUCGGCGGCUUCCUUAUCCACGGGCAAGGGCACGACGAGCACCGACACAGAGAAGAAGAGGAACGUCUGAGAAAUAAGAUCCGAGCAGAUCAUGAAAAGGCUUUGGAAGAGGCUAAGGAGAAAUUGAAGAAAUCACGAGAUGAGAUCCAAGCUGAGAUUCAGACAGAAAAGAACAAAGUAAUGCAAGAAUUGAAAAAGAAAGACAGCAAGCCACUGCCCCCUGUUCCUUUACCAAAUCUGAUAGGGAUAAACAGCGGAGAACCAGCAGACCCAGAUAUCCGAGAGAAGAGGAACAAAGUUAAAGAGAUGAUGAAGCAUGCCUGGGACAAUUAUAGGCAAUAUGGAUGGGGACAUAAUGAGCUCAAACCAAUUGCCCGGAAAGGACAUUCCACCAACAUAUUUGGAAACUCACAAAUGGGUGCUACCAUAGUAGAUGCAUUGGAUACUCUUUAUAUCAUGGGCCUUCACGAUGAAUUCAGAGAAGGACAAGAAUGGAUUGACAAAAAUCUUGAUUUCAGUGUGAAUUCUGAGGUGUCUGUUUUUGAGGUCAAUAUUCGCUUCAUCGGUGGUCUUCUAGCAGCAUACUACCUUUCAGGACAAGAGGUUUUCAAGAUCAAAGCAGUGCAACUGGCAGGAAAACUUCUUCCAGCCUUCAACACACCUACAGGUAUACCAUGGGCAAUGGUGAAUCUGAAAAGUGGUGUUGGUCGAAACUGGGGCUGGGCUUCUGCUGGCAGCAGCAUCCUUGCUGAGUUUGGUACUCUGCACAUGGAAUUUGUCCACCUCAGCUAUUUGACAGGGGACCCUGUAUAUUACAACAAGGUCAUGCACAUUCGGAAAUUACUUCAAAAAAUGGAUCGUCCGAAUGGACUUUAUCCAAAUUAUUUGAAUCCAAGAACAGGCCGGUGGGGUCAGCAUCACACAUCCGUAGGCGGGCUGGGAGACAGUUUUUAUGAAUAUUUAUUGAAAGCCUGGCUUAUGUCAGACAAGAUGGACACGGAGGCAAGGAAAAUGUACGACGAUGCAAUUGAGGCCAUAGAAAAACAUCUCAUCAGAAAGUCCAAUGGAGGACUGACCUUCAUUGGGGAGUGGAAGAACGGGCAUCUUGAAAGAAAGAUGGGCCAUUUGACCUGUUUUGCAGGUGGAAUGUUUGCCCUUGGAGCAGAUGGUUCCAGAGAUGACAAAGCUGGACAUUAUUUGCAGCUUGGAGCUGAAAUUGCACAUACAUGUCAUGAGUCAUAUGACAGGACAACACUAAAGCUGGGCCCAGAAGCAUUCAAAUUUGAUGGUGGCGUGGAGGCAGUGGCAGUACGGCAGAAUGAGAAGUAUUACAUCCUAAGGCCAGAGGUGAUUGAGACCUAUUGGUAUAUGUGGAGAUUCACCCAUGAUCCCAAGUACAGGCAGUGGGGCUGGGAGGCAACACAGGCAAUUGACAAGUAUUGCCGAGUUAGUGGUGGCUUUUCUGGUGUCAAGGAUGUCUAUUCCUCAUCUCCUACAUAUGAUGAUGUACAGCAGAGCUUUUUCCUUGCUGAAACUUUGAAGUAUUUGUAUCUGCUUUUCUCCAAUGAUGAUCUCCUACCAUUAGACAACUGGGUUUUUAACACAGAAGCUCAUCCUCUGCCUGUUCUACAUUUAGCCAACACCACACUGUCAGGAAAUCCUGCAUAUCGAUAAAAACAGCUCUAUGAAGAGGAAGAGAGACUGUUUUCAGCUCUGUUUUGUUUACAUGGACCACUUGAGACUUUAGCAGGAGGAGAGACAGACACUUGGUAAACCUAGACCCCCGAGUCAAGCAAGUAUUGGCAUGGGAAAUGAAGCUCUUCAGCAUAUAAAUAAGUUUAAAGUUCUGUUUUAUACAUGACCAAAACACGUGAGUGUGUAUUUUGCAGGAUGGAGACUUCACACGCUUUGAACCCUGGCAAGACAUGGAAUCCAUAGAUAAUAUAAAUGCAGCAGCACAAGGAAGAAGAGUCUUUCCCAUCCAGGGAGAGGAACUUGCUGCUUGCUGUUGCAAGAAACAACACACAGUCACUUCUUCAGACUGGGUGGGCUCCAAAUACCUAGGUUUUCUUUUUCUUUUUUUCUUUUUUUUUUCUUCUUAAUCUUUUUCUUUUUUUUUUUUUCUUUUUUUCUUUUUUUUCUUUUUUCUUUUUUUUUUUUUGUGAUGGCAUGAACAAAGCAACAACAAAAAGCAGCACCACUGCACCAGCAGCAUCAGGAUUUGAAUUUUUUUUUCUCUACCUGUCUGAAUUUUCUAAGGAGCAUUUGUUUGUCCAGACUGGCAGCCAUUCUCAGAGCCUGUAAUCUGUUAGAGCUAAACUCUAAAGUACAAAAAGUGUUGCCUCCUCAGUUUCCCUUUUCAAAAUAAUGCUUAUAUCCAAAAAGAAAAAACAAUUAGUAAGCAUUUGGUUUGUAGUUCACUGUCAUCAGUGUGGGCUUAGUUCAUUUGGCAAGCUCAGUCAGAGUCUGGAGCAUAUCACAGGAGUAGGAAGUAGGAGUAGGAAGGAGCCUAAGUUUCCCUUCCUCACAAAUUAUGUCACAUGAAAAAGCCAUUCUCUUUUUAGUCCUGGUUCUUUUAGCUAAAUAAACAGCGAUGACAACAUGAGCAUAACUGUUUCAUGAUUUAUGUAGGUGGAUACACUAUGUGGAACUAAAAGAAGCUCCCCUUGAGCUAAGCAGUGAGAGUUUGCUGCUCUGUAUUUUUGUACACAAUCUGUUACUUUUCAUUCUUUGGAUUCUAUUCACAGAACCUUAUUUGCAGGUAUAUAUGUGUCUGACAGAAUCCUAAAACUGCAUUUUAUUUACUUUACAAAAUUUGCCUUUCUUCUGGGUGCUCCAGUACAAAUCCAACAUGAUCUUUGGAAACAGCUUAGUAUGUCUCACAUGUGACUGGGAAAAGAAACUGAAGAGUCUCUUCUUUCAUUAAUUUAUGAUGCUACUACCUGCAUGGGGUUUUUUCAAGUACUUUAUGGCUGGGCUGGAUAGUAUCACUUAUGGAGUCUUUUUCAGUCUUCAUUUAUUUGCUGGAAAAAGUUUCAUCUUUCCAGAUUUUUCAUCUUUUCAAUUUUGUCUUUCUCAAUCUCUUUUUACUGUUCUUCAGAACCCUUACAGCUCAAAUUAUUCUUUUUAUUCCACUGUAUAGCUCUCAAAUCUUUUUGCCAUGGUGACUGGCCCCUUUGCUGAAAAGCAGAUUUUAGGUGCUGUUUUCUCUCCUAAUUAGUGCACAGGUUGAGUCUUUAAAAAAUCUUGAUGAUGUUUUUGUACAGAAGCAAGUGGAAGAACUCAUGCGUGAACUGCAGUGGUACAGCAACAGAUUUAAAGGGAGUGCUAUUUUCCCUCCUCAAAAAAGUUUUUAUAUGAAGUUUUAUAUAAAAAAACUUUUCUCCUUAUCAUACUAUAAUAUAUCUGAUUGUAGAAUUUUCCCCCAAAAUUAUUCUUCAUUGGUCUGUGUCACUAACUUAGACAUAGAUAUCAUCAUAUGAUCUAAGUAAAAUUGCUAUCAGAUGCUUUUUUCCAGACAGUUACUUUAGUUUAAGAGGAAGAAAACACAGAGCUUGGGAAAAGUUUCAGUCUCAAUGUUUGUACGUUAAUACCAGUUACUUUGUUGCUGUAAUUUCCAGCAGUAUCCUAAAAGUAAUUUGAGAACUUAUAAAGUAAUUGAUAUAGUAAAUAAUACUGAUUUCAUUAAUUGUUUAUUUAAAAUUAGAAGUAUCCUAAUUAAUGGAUUCUUCUUACUGGCCCCACAUUAAUUUAUUUUUCUAAUUAUUAUUCAGUGACUUACUGAAGAACUAGCAAUUUUUCAUUUUCCCAAGUUCAGAUAUGUUAUGUUUUCAAAUUGUUUUUCUGAUCCUAUGAGAACUGUUAUUAAUUUAAAACUGCACUUAAUUGCCUUUUUCUCCUACAUGUCUCUGGGUAUAUAGGAGAAAGAGGAAAGGCAGACCCUUCUGUUAAAAAAAAAAAAAAAAAAAUAAAAAGAAGAAAAAAUAAUAAAAGCACUUUCUGCCCAAUAGACCCAUCCCUGUACUCCUCCUCAUAAAUGUAGGUGUAGAAUGGGUGCCAGUCUGUUCAGAGAAAGGUCAAGGACAGAAUUCUGGAGUCCCAGAAACAGCAAACUUCUCAUCAGUGCUUCUCCUCCAUCCCCCUCUUGUGAAUUAAAGAGGAACCCUUCAAAUUUAAUUUCUAUGUGAAUCCUAGUGUGUUAACUCACUGCCACAAGAAAGCCUGAAUUGAAGACUAAGCCGUUUCAUGUUAUGGGAUGGUGUUCUUCUUAAAGCAAAUGUACAAUUCUGCUGUCUCUUUGUGUAGAUAAGCAGCAGUUACCACAUUUGAGACACUUGUUUCUUGUUUUCCAGUUACUCCAACAACAGUCAGUUUAUUCUCCAUCACUCUUUAAAAUACCAACUGUCCUUUUCCUCCAGAAGCUAAUGAUAUGCAGAGUCUAUCAAAAAUAGUGCAUUUUAAGGACUAAUUGCUGUGUCUUUCAUAAAUGUCACCCUGAGAUUUCCUAGAUCAAGCAGAGUUUGGAAGCAAUGGGUUCUGUCCGAGGUACAUGCUUAAUUACCAAGCAGCACAGAUACUGAAACUUCUGACUGAAGUCAUGUACCCUCGUUCUGAGUCCUUCACAGAGAAGUAGGUUCUGCUCUGCAAGAUGGCAUUAUGUGCAACCCAAAGUUCAGACUGUUUUCCCUCUGGGUAUAUAAGGUACAGUAGAAUGCUGCCAUUUUCAUUCUGUUGCUGCUGUCUUACUUUCUUGAAGAUAAGAGUGUAAAUUUAAGCACAAAAAUGACUUUUUAGUCCUAGCUGUUUCUGAGUCUUGCACUGUACUCUCUAACAAAAAAAUCCUCAUUUUCUCUAGGUCGCUGUCCCAUUUUACAAUUUCUACAAUACCCUCUCCUCUUACAGAAUGAAAUUAAAAACAAAAAAUCAUGUUUUUGGCAUACUGGAUUUGGGCGAGAGCCUGGAAAUCCAAGAAUUGUCUAUUUCCUGUUUGCAUGCAGUCAAAACAAGGAUGUAUGGUUCUUUUCCUAGUCCAAGCCUCAAACUAGCCUGUUGAUCAGAAUCUGCCAGCAGUAAAAGUUUUUUCUAACAAUUAGAGCUUGACUUUUCAAAGGGGCCAGAUCAUGCGCAGCUUCCAUUAACAAUCCUGGAGCUGUGCAUGUCCUGCAGUCAAGAAGUCAACUUCUUAGCUUUGUCUUCUAAAUAAAAACAAAACCCUUGAAUGAUAUUCUGAAUAUUAAUUUUGCUGCACAAUCUAGUCCUUCAAACUUAAAGUUCAAGGAAAGUAUAAAAAAAUAGCAAGUGCCCUGGAGGAAGAGCAAGUAGUUCCAUCUGCCAGUCACACCUUUGCUGUUCCUUCAGCUUCCUGCUCCAAAUUUGUGGAUCACCGUGUUCUAGCUCUCAGACACUGACAUAUCCCCCCACAGGAUUUUACAAGAUUUGAAUGUUGCCUGGAUUCUGAAAGGUGACAAUAAUUAAAUGUAAUGCCAUCCUUCAAGGUUAGAGGUGCACCCCCUAAGCAAACCCUGUUGGUAUUUACACUACAAAGCUUAGCCCAUGUUUGUAAGGGGAGGACAAAUAAGAAACAGGCUUCUUGAUACCAGAGAAAAAUGAAAGCAAGCUCUUGACCCAUACUGUAGUUGGGACAUCAGUUCACCCUGAGUAAGACAUCCCUCUUUCACUCCUUGAAUUUUGAGAUAACAGUCUAGUGACUCAAGAGUUUGAGUUGCCAUACAAAGAGGAAACCCAGGCUCUUUUGCAAGUUGUGUGCAUAAAACUGUAGCAGAGAUGCUAAGCUCGAGCUGCUUCAGCUGUCAGCACCUUCUAACAAACUGCUCUGUAAUUACCCAAGAAAGUUGGGAACCACCAAAGUCAGAGGAGACAGCCUGACCUGUUACAGUGAAUUGUUGCCUUUAAUCCUAAUCGCUUGGUGGAAGUUGGAUUUGCAUUCUGCCUUUAUUCUUGCUUUGUCUAAAACUGAGAGAUUAUUUUUUCCUCCAAAAUAAAAGGGCAAAAGUCUAUCUUCUGAUGUGGAAACCUUCUGCCUCUGACCUGGAAUCCUGCAUAUGUACUUUUUACAGAUUAAAAAAUAAUAUUGUAUAUAAAAAAAGAUUGAAUAAAGAAUGUCUUUAAGUG